UUCCAGAAACUGGCACUUUCGUGUCAGCGUCAUUUUUCAGCCCUGGACGUUGCUGCUUGCCUGUUGAUAUGAAGCAGGUGUGUGCGCGUGGCAGCAGACGUACCUCUGAUGCCACCGUCGGGUCAAACAAAGCAAUGUUCUUGUCCAUUUUUCAUCCUUCCUAUAUUUUUUGCGUGAAAUGAUUAUGACACCAUCACAGCAUGGACUUUUAGUCUUGUUGUAUUUAUGGAGGGAGCAUGAUUUUUCUUUGUCACACCCAAAGUAAUGCUUAAUUAUUUACUGAAAUACUUGUAUUGGACAAAACUGUUAACUGUGAUUUAUAUUACAAACAUGGUAACAGGAUGAGCCCUUUAAAUGCAUCAAAACCCAUAAAAAGAUAUAUGUCAAUUCAAUGUUUAAAUGUCCUGUUACCAUAGACUAUUAGAAUAAUGGACGUAGCUACUGUGACAUCACCUAUUGUCUUGUGCACUCUCAUUUUGAAGAGUUAAGUUCGGCAUUCUGCCCAUCACCAAUUUCAUUUUUUGGAGCCAGAGGGGAUUUGGGCAAGAAGCGCUGUAGUGAAACAAGGGGUGGGUGUGACUAAGAAGCCUAGGACAUACUCUGCACUCACCCUGUCACCUACAGCAGCCACACCCUUAAUUAUGCAUAACUUUGAGCCUAAAUGGGUGAGUUAUGAAAAAAUUCACCCCCCAUACAGUUGUUGUGAGCGGGGAAACCAUUUUUCAGCCUUGGACAUUGCUUCUUGCCUGUUGAUAUAAAAGAUCUAAAAGAGGUGUGUGUGCAUGUGUGUGAUUGAUCUCUCCCUCUUUGCAGCAGUCUCCUCCCCAUCACUGUCUUCCGUGGUCCUCUUUGUGGCCAUCCACCCUGCAAUCAGAGGCUCAACAUCUUCCAAGAGGUUAGCAUCAGGGUGCUUCCCAGGGGCCCCGAAAAACACCAGGUUCCUCGUGCCUGCGACAGACAGCGAGCAUGAGGUAGAGGGCUUGGAGUGUUUCACUAAUUCGUUGUCCAUUAGAGUACAGUAUUACAGGUUAUUUGAGUAUUCUCUGAAGUGGAAAACACCCAUGUCUCCCAGACGCUCCUCCAGACUAUCAGAGGUCUCCAAGAAGAGCCCCCAGGGAAGUCCCAGCUCAGAUGAAGAAGUUAUCCAGCGCAGGUUGAAGGGUAAGAGACAGAGGGCGGGGCUGAAGAAGACCAAAGAAGGCAACAGUGUAGUUACAGAUGAGGGGAGGGACAUCAUUGACAUCAUCAACAGUACACAUGAUGCAAAACGCGUCACUGAGGACGAUGGAGGAAAGUUUGUAUUGGUGUCUGAAGGAAUGGAUGAGUCAGAUGACGAUCGUCACUCUGUUGCCAGCAGCUUAGCCUCUGGUCCUUCUCUCCUUCGUAACGCCUCUCCAAAGAAACCGAGGCCCUCACAAGGCUUGUGCUCAGCCUGUAAGACUCUCCAGCAGAGGGCAAAGAAGAUGAAAGCACCAAUUAAAAACAAACUCUUAGACACUGAUCCCAAGUCCCUGACAUGUGACCAGUGGGUCCUGAUCAAGACCCGGAAACCAAGGAGGCUGCCUAAUGUAAAAGGGAAGCUUUUGAUCCAUGUCCAGCUGGUUAAGAAAAGACUUAAGGUGAAGAAUGGUACAAACCGACUUGCGCAAUGUGUGGGCGAACGAGAGUCAUCGGCCUGCUGGAGGCCGCACCCUUUCCUUCAGAGGAACCUAAAACGUGUCAGAGUGCUGGUGAAAAAGGCACAAAAGAAGACCAGGAGAAAGAGGACAAGAACCGGUUCUCAGAGCACUCGUGUCGCUAAGCAGCAGCGUCGCCACAGCAACAAUCGCAUCAGUGACAGCAGUGCGGAUAUGAGCGGUGCUCACCCAACCAGCGGCCACUACAGCAGUCCUGGUCAUAGCAGUGACAGCAGUGAACCAGACAUAAAUCUGUCUGUUGAGUUGAUUCCUUCCUUAGUCACCCUGGAAACCUCUGAGCCAAGAGGGACUCCACCCGAGCAGAAAGCACCAAAGAGGAGGGGAGGAUUCAGAGACUUGCUUGUCCAGUUGCGUGGCAGCAGCACGAUUGUCAGAGAAACACGUUAGUGAGGUGAUUUUUUUUUAAGGUUACAGCAACAAUAUUCAGUUAAGAAUUUAGUAUUUAAGCCAUAGUUUGUUUGUUUUUUUGCAGUUCCACAUACUUGCAUGUUAUUUAUUUUUUUCAGAAAUUUCAAAAUAGCAUUUAUUUAGAGUUACAUUCAACUGGA